UGCAUGCUUCGCUGUCCCCUUCCGCACAAUUUAAAAAAUUGCAAAAAUGCUCGUCCAUAUGCACACACAUACACACUCCUAAUUACGUCAUGCAAACAUGUUCUAUUAUGAAGGAUCAGAAGCCUCAGUUGCAAGCUCUUCACCUACGCCGAAUUGGUGGGAGAUUCAUACAAACCCUAUAUCGUCUUGGAACGCGAUGAAUCAUCGAUGGCAGCCUCACCCGAGCUCUUCUUGUGAGGAUCAAGAUAUGUCGAAUAUCUCUACCACUUCGUUCACCAAUGCAUCCAACCAUUCGGGGCUCAGUAUGGACUCGUCGUCCGCAGAGUUGUCGACAGAGCCAGGGGAGAAUCACUUGUGGAGCCAAGUUCUUUUUGGUGCUGAAAAUGGAGGAGGAGACUUGAACAACAACCACAACGACACCGAUAACUUCCUCAAAGUGUUAACCUCCAAAAAUCUCACAACCGAGAUGUUUAACAACCCUGCAUGUGAUUACUUGAAGAAACUAGAUAGCAGUUGGGAUCAGCUUACAAAUCAUACUCAGAUCAAUCCCUUGGAUCACAGACAACUAAAUUCCUACAAUAAUGGAGCCCUAAUCGAGCCAGAGCGAUUAACCACCUUAUCUGACUUGGUCAGUAACUGGUCCAUUGCACCACCCAAUUCUACAUGCAAUGUCCCUCUAAAUCCUUCCAUGGCUCAGUUCUCACCAUCCAAUAUUUCACAAAUCAAACACGAAAACCCUAAUUUUUCAUCAUAUUUGCCUCCAUAUCAUCAAGACCAUAUCGGAUCUCCAUUUAAUAAUGGUGGUAUGGGGUAUCAAGUUGCGCUAAACAACUCUAUGCUUGGGAUCAACAACAAGUUCUACAAUGGGAUUUCAUCGGAAAAUGCAAGGAAUUUAUCAGAUUUGAUAUCUUUUGGUAGCUUGAAUAAGCCACCAAUGGAGUUUCGUGCAUCGACUAAACCUUCUUCGUUUGAUAGCAAGAAGCAAGGAUACGAAACUUCAUCAUCUACAAAGGGAAGUGGGAAAAGUAGUGGAACAACAAGUGAAGGGAAAAAGAAAAGGUCCGAAGACAGUUCGGAAACACUAUUCAAGAAGUCUAAGCAUGAGAACUCAAAUGCCUCUUCUGUCAAGUUGCAGCCACCAAAAGUGAAGUUGGGAGAUCGAAUCACUGCACUCCAACAAAUUGUUUCGCCUUUUGGAAAGACUGACACCGCAUCAGUACUACUAGAAGCCAUCAACUAUAUCAGAUUCUUACAAGAGCAAGUCCAGUUGCUCAGUGAUCCAUACAUGAAGUCUAACGCAAACAAAGAUCACAAUUCAUGGGGAGGCUUAGAGAGGAAGGAGAAGGGAGAUCCAAAGCUUGAUUUGAGGAGUAGAGGGUUGUGUCUUGUGCCUGUAUCUUGCACUCCACAAGUUUACCGUGAUAACACGGGACCUGAUUACUGGAUGCCAACCUACAGAGGAUGUCUUUAUCGAUGAAGAUUAAUUGUUGCAGUCUUUGUAUUGAUGGUCACCUACUGAUUUAUAUGGAAAUGUAUUGUAGAAGAAGAAAUGGGACAUAGAAUUUGGUGAUAAUUAAUUUAAUGUUAUUGUUGAUAACAUCAUUUAU